UAAUCAAAUCAUAUUCCCAAUCUCAAUAUAUUUCCUUUAAAAAAAUAAUACACCUUAUUUGCAAACAUUUUUUUCUCGAACCUUAACUUUCCAAGACGAUGGAGCUUAUUCCUGAUCUUCCCGAAACCGUAGCCCGCGAGUGUCUCCUACGCAGCUCAUACCAGCAGUUCCCUCUUAUGGCCUCCGUUUGCAAACUCUGGCAGCGUGAAAUCAGCCUCCCUGAUUUUUUCCGACACCGGAAAUCUUCAGGACAUAGUCAAGAGCUUGUUGUCCUGUCUCAAGCUCAAGUCGACGACCCGGUCAAGAAACUCGGAUCGGGUAAAACCAUCCCCACCCCCGUGUACCGGGUUUCCGUUCUUGAACUUGGGUCCGGUCUGAGGAGCGAGCUGCCUCCUGUCCCAGGCCAAGGCCAAUCCAACGGGUUGCCUCUCUUCUGCCGACUAGCCUCUGUCGGGUCGGAUCUUGUUGUAUUGGGCGGACUUGACCCGGUCACAUGGCGGACCUCUGACUCGGUCUUCGUUUUCAGCUUCUUGACGUCUACGUGGCGCGUCGGGGCGAGCAUGCCAGGUGGACCUCGUUCUUUCUUCGCCUGCGCUUCGGAUUCUGAACGGAACGUCUUCGUGGCGGGUGGACACGACGAAGACAAGAACGCCAUGAUGUCAGCUUUAGCAUAUGACGUGGCCGAAGAUAAAUGGGCCUUUUUGCCGGAUAUGGGCCGUGAGCGAGACGAGUGCACUGCUAUUUUCCACUCUGGCAAAUUCCACGUCAUCGGUGGUUACGCCACUGAGGAGCAAGGGCAGUUUAGUAAAACAGCUGAAUCGUUCGACGUCACCACGUGGCGGUGGGGUUCCCAAGCGGACGAGUUCCUCUCUACGGGGAUGACUACGUGGCCUCCGAUUUGUGCUGCCGGCGAGAACGGAGAUUUGUACGCUUGUUGUCGCCGUGAUCUGAUGGUGAUGAGAGGCGAUACGUGGCAUAAAGUGGGGGAUCUACCUGCUGACGUGUGCAAUGUGUCUUAUGUGGCGGUAAGGAGGUCCGGGAAGGUGGUCGUGAUCGGUUCUGCUCGGUACGGCGAACCAAGCGUAGGGUAUAAUUGGGAUAUGAGCAACUCUCGAUGGGUAAAACUGGAAAGGCAUGAAAAAUAUGAAGGUCACGUUCAAGCUGGCUGCUUCUUGGAGAUGUAAACAAAAAACACUUUUGAAAAGAUUCCGAAACUUUUGUACGUCGUUCAUGCGAAAUGACGCUAAAUUUGGUCGGUUGGUUUUCCAAAGCGUGACUGUAUUCUAGAGCUAUAGAUAAAUGUGUAAGCUCGAUUGUAAAUUUUGUUACAGUGGACUACUGCUCAUUGCUGUUAUAGAUUUUUAAUCUUAACCUUUAAAAUUGCGACUU